UAGUUUUUAUUUAUCAUCUGUCACUUUAAAACGUGUUAAGUGCCGAAUUUUGAUAAGAUUAAAAACAUGGAUUUUUUAAGUAGACAAAAAGAAGUUUUUACGAAUCCGAAUAAGAAACCUUUAAAUGAGUUAGAAUUAGAGUACUCCUUCGUAAGUAAGGUUAGGAAAUCUACGUCUGGGAAGCAAAAAGAAGCGGAUAAAAAAAAUUACGUUUUAAAAAAAGAUCGAAUCGCCGCAUUGGAUGAAAAAUGGAUUCAAAAAGAACAUUCUUAUCACGAAUAUCAACCAUAUUAUUCUGAAGUAUCACCGGAAGAAAAUAGCUUGUUUUUAACAAAAAAUAAGUUAUUUUUGGAUAAUUUGACUUUUUUAUUGCAAUGUAAUUACCACCAAUUUUGGAAUUAUAUGGUUUAUGAGCCUAGAAUCAAGUCGAUUUUGCAUGGGUUUUUAGAAAAUCCUGUAAAUUGGUAUGAAAUUAAACAUUUGCAAGGGGAAUACCUUAAAUUGUAUAAUCAGAUUUAUGAGAAGGUUGCAAAUGUUUAUUUACGACUUUUAACGUUUAAAGAAUCUGAUCAUGAAUACAUGAAAGAAAAAACAGCGGUGAAGUUAAUUUUAGAAAAUAAAUUAAUAACGUAUCCCCUCAUAAUAAAUUUUUGUUUGUUAUACAACAAAACGUGUCGGGUAUUAGUUAACAUGAUAAACGAGAUUUUUUUCGAUAUAAAUCAAAAAGUUAUUUAUGAGAAGGAGUUGGCAAAAAUUUUUGAACACGCUUUAUUAAUUAUCGAGAUGAUUGGGGGUUAUAUUUGCGGGUUUGAAGAAAAUAGUGUUAAAAUUCCAAUCGGUAUUAGGCCUAAACCCGCUAAAUUCGACCCCCAAUGGGUUGAAGAAGUCACGAUUUAUCUCUUGGACACUUCAGCAUCGUUAAACGCAUUUUUAUCAAGUUGCAAUAACGCGCUUAAUGUCGCGUUGGAAAUGGGGAUUCCAUACAGAUUAACUUAUUUUUAUAACAAUGUUUAUUCCGUUUUAUAUGGAAUGCUUGAAGAUCGUUCUGAGAGUUUAUUUGAUGAUCAUCCCGGGUUAAAAGAUCGGAUCUUGGAAUAUAUCGGGAUUGGGAGGAGCGAAUUUGUUAAUGUUUUCCACGUUUUUAUUACUUAUUUAAUCGAUAAUAUUAUUCAGAGUUUAGGGGAUAAUGAAAAACAAGAUAAUUUCAUGGAAAAUUAUUUGAAAUUAAUCUCGAAUGCGUUAGAGGAUGAAUUUUUUAUUUUCGAUUAUCAAAACGCCCACAAAAUCGAUGUCCAAUUACAAACAAUUUCCGAUUUUCAUCCUCACAUUGACGAAACGAGGGUUAAUUACAUAAUGGAAUGUUUAAGCACUUUACCUACGAUUGAAAAAGUGUUAUCAUUAAAAUCUGAUGUUAGUAAGCCAAAAAAAGAUUUAUUGAAACUUCCGGAAAUCGAACCAACCCCUGGGACUUCCAAACAAUAUACCCCACCGAAUGAAACCGAAAUUUAUGAAAUAGCUAAAUCAGUUUUAGAAACUUUACCCCAUCUAGGCGAUGGGUUCAUUGUCGAAUGCUUAAAAUCGUUUAAUUUUAAUUCCGAACAAGUAAUUGCUGCGAUUCUCGACGAAAAAUUACCGCCUCAUUUAAAUAAAUUAGACAAAAAUAUGAUUUAUGUCCCCCCAGAACCAGAAGAACCACAACCAGUAUUAGCCUAUAAAGGAAAAAAACCCGCUUAUAAAGACGCCAAAGAAUUACUAGACGAUAAACGUGAUUUAAAAGAGAUUAAAGAUUUUGUAUUAAAAACUAGUUCAGUAACUUACGAUAACAUUUACGAUGAUGAAUAUGAUGACCGAUACGAUGAUGAGCCGGGUAUUUCGUUUUACGAGAAAGAUGAUGAUGUUAGAAAGCCGGUACAAAAUCGUUUUGAAGGUUAUGAAUUAGUUAGUGAUCCUCCAAGUAGUUCGGAAGAUGAUGGGGAAGAAGAACGUCCUCAAAAAGCGUCGAAUGCUUUUUGUGAGGAUCCGGCGGUUUUAAGAGCUAGGCGGGAAGCUCAAUUUAAAGGGAAAAAUCCUCGAAAAAAUGAUGUCGUUGGUAAACCGAAAGGACAAGGGCAGGAUAAAAACGUUUUGCAAAAUAGGGAUAAGAAAGGUGUGCAUAAAUCGAGUCGGGCUAAUCAUAAUAGGAAGAGUGGAGCUCAAUGGAAAAGAAAUAAAGGUAUGAUUCCAAUGUGAUACUGUUGGAGAUUUACAAUGAAGAUUUAAUAAAUUAUUUUCAAUAAAA